AUGGUCCGCGGCGCAGAAUACGACAACGGUGUCCCCCAGAGCGACAACCCUAUCGAGAACGGUCCCAACAAGGCCCACGGAAUCGGCAGUGAGCCCGCAGACCUGAGCCGCUCCCACAAGGCUGCCCCUUUGCCAGAGCAGACUGGCUCCGGCCGUGAAGUCCACCCUGGAUUGCCUACCGCUGGAUCGGCGCAUCCCCAAGGUGGUGCUGCACAGCCUGUUUCCCUUGAUGAGAAGAACACUGCUGGAAAAUAA